AUGUACUGGCGGUGUCUUCACGUACUGCUUGGUGUGCUCUUCGGUCACUCGCAAGUCGUUGGGAAGGACACAACUGCCCCUGUUUGGGAACCUGCAGUUUCGAACUUGGUCACCACUGAUACUUCCACCAUGACGCUUCAUGUCCUCCAGUACAACUUGUUCGGCCGGCCGUACGAAGUCUCGAAAGACGGACAGCGCGAGCGACUGCAACGAGUCCCUGAGUCAAUUAGUCACAUUUCCACAACCAUUGACGUCGUGACUUUAGCUGAAGCCGACGUUCAGAUGCAGCGGGACGACAUGCUGGCACAAUUCCGAAAGUUUGGUUUCCACUAUGUCACGUCGAUUUUGCACGAUCCGGACCCAUUUACCAGUUUACUGAACGGUGGAGUCAUGGUCGUUUCUAAGUGGCCCAUCGUCCGGGAAGCACAGCAUGUGUAUCGUAAUGCUUGUCACUACUCGGACUGCCUAGCAGCUAAAGGCGUCAAGUAUGCUCGCAUACUGAAGACUGUGGAUGGGUCAUCCAAGGUUUUCAAUGUGUUUGCAACGCAUAUGCAGGCUUGGUCUACGCCCGAAGGACGGUCUGACCGUAUAGAGCAAGCUAAGCAGAUGCGUCAUUUUGUUGAUGCCAUUGGCAUCCCGCAUCACGAGCCAUUGAUUCUUGCCGGGGACUUUAACGUAGACAACCACACUUUUGCGACCGAAGUGGCGCAGUUGGUAGAACUGCUUCAAGCACAUGAGCCACAUCGGGUUGGUGCGCAGAACUUUACUAGCGACCCUCACAAGAAUGUCCUAGUUGGGCGCGACGGCGCUGCGAUCAGUAACAAAUGCUUUGCGCAAUAUGUUCACAAUUGGGGACCGGCAAAGGACGGCGUAUUUCACCCAUCACUGCUCACUCGAUCGACUUGCAGGAUUAAUAUUGAUAUCGGCGGGCCUAGUUGGCUUGUGUAUGCUCAACCGGAUAACAUGUGCUAUUGCCCGUGCUGUCCGCUCGAGUGGCUAGACUACAUUUUGUACGGCAAAGAUCCUUACCAACAGCCUAGCACCCUGCCAACGAUCGAAGCUUACGUGAACCAAGUUCCACAUUUCAUGGUUGAUUGGACUGCUCCGGAAAGCAGCAUGAAAAUUGCCUUGGCUGACCUUUCUGACCAUUACCCGGUCCUUGGGAAGUACGAGUUCCCUGUGACCCAUGGCAAAGGAAAAGAUGAUGAUCCGAUGACAUAUCACUUGGAUGGGUGCUCGACUGACGAUGAUUGCCACUUUCGCAAUUUCCGCUGCUACUGUAACGGCCAAAACUGCUAUUACGAGGGCAACUACACCAAUGGAUGGAAUCUGGACUCGACACACCCAGUCAACCGCAACUGCUUGUAUCAGAAGUCCUCCUUCCGGUGUUUAUGUGGACCAACGUGA